AUGAUGUCGUCGUCUUCUUCGGAUGCGGCCGCGGCGCUGGAGCUGCAGGAGUCCGGGUGGGAGGAGCUGCGGCGGGAGGCGCGCAAGCUGGAGGGCGACCUCGACGUUGAAGCUGUCCUCCUACGCGCGCCUCGCCGCGCGUUCCUCCUCCUCCGCAUCCGCCUCGGGCGCCGCCUCCCCCACCGCCGACCGCUCCUCCUGGAAGUCCAUGGAGUUCGAGAUCCAGUCGCUGCUCGGCAAGCUGCAGGACGUCAACGACGCCAUGAGCCGCUGCGCCGCCUCCAGCGCCACCACCACCUCCGUCUCCCAGAAGCUCGCGCGCCACCGCGACAUCCUCCACGAGUUCACGCAGGUCCCUUCCCUCCGCUCCGCUCCUCGCACUCUCGUUUCGUUGAACCACUGGUUAAUCGCUUCAAGUGGUGGUUCGUUCGUUCGUGGAAGCAGGAGUUCAGGAGGACGAGGGGGAACCUGAGCUCCAUGAGGGAGCACGCCGAUCUACUCAGCUCCGUCAGAGACGACAUCACUGAGUCCAAGGCCACCGGUGGCAUGUCGCCAAGAGUGCAUUUGCUCAGGGAGCGAGCUUCCAUUCAUGGCAGCAUCAACCAGAUUGAUGAGGUAAUUGGCCAAGCUCAAAGCACAAGAGUAGCUCUUUCCAAUCAGAGGGCCUUGUUUGGAGAUAUUCAAGGAAAAGUCAAGCAGUUGGGCGAAAAGUUCCCCAUAAUCAGAGGUCUUCUUGGCGCCAUUAAGCGGAAGAAAUCAAAGGACACUAUAAUUCUUUCAGCAGUGAUCGCGGCCUGCACCAUCUUUUUGAUUAUUUACUGGCUUUCAAAAUGA